CGGUGGCGGGCGGGGGCGGCCUCCGGAGGCGGCAAGAGCAUGGAGCCGCGGGCCGGCUGCCGGUUGCCGGUGCGGGUGGAACAGGUCGUCAACGGCGCGCUGGUGGUCACCGUGAGUUGUGGCGAGCGCAGCUUCGCCGGGAUCCUGCUGGAUUGCACAAAAAAGUCCGGCCUCUUUGGCCUAUCUCCAUCUACUCUGCUGCCUCUGGCUGACAACCCCUCUGUCGUCAGCUGUCAUGGCCAGGGGCCUGAGGAGAGACCUGGAGAAGUGACACAGCCGGGAACAGAACCUCUGCCUCCUCAGCACAAAGACCAAUCCCCUGAGAAGGAUCAGCCUCCCAAGACAGCUGGGCCCGAGCUGCCCCCACCUCUCAUACCCCCUCUGCCUGCUGGGAACCUGCCUCCCUUUCCACCCUACUUUGAGGGUGCCCCCUUCCCCCACCCACUAUGGCUGAGAAACACCUACCAGCAGUGGGUGCCGCAGCCCCCACCCAGGACCAUCAAGCGGACCCGGCGGCGACUGUCCCGCAACCGGGAUCCUGGCAGGCUCAUUCUUAGCACGAUCCGCCUGCGGCCACGCCAAGUGCUGUGUGAGAAAUGCAAGAGUACUGUGAGUCCCCAGGAGGCCAGUCCUGGUCCCCUGACCACCUCCAGACCCCGCCGGAGGCUAGGCAGUGGCCCCGACAGUGAGCACCGGAAGCCAGAGGAACCGGAAGACAGUGACUCCAUAGCUGCCGCCCCUAGGAGGAGCAAGAGAGAGAAGCGGGAGGAGGAAAGGGUUCCUGGAGAGCGUGUUCCACGGAGCCCAGUCAUCAAGAUCUCCUACAGCACACCACAGGGCAAGGGUGAGGUGGUUAAGAUCCCAUCCAGAGUGCAUGGCUCUGUGGAGCCCUUCUGCCCUCAACAGUCCCUACAGAACGGCAGCCAGGACUUAGAGGUCGCGAGGGAUGUGGAGCCCAGGGGUGGUGGUGAUCGACCUCCCAGCGGGCAUUCCAUUCCCAAGCUGAAGCUGACUCGUCCGGUGCCUCCCAUCUCAGACCUGCCGCCUCCCAAAAUCCGCUUGAAGCCCCACCGGCUGAGGGAUGGGGAGCAUGAGCCUCUAUACAGGGCUGAGCUGGUAGAGGAGCUGAACGGAUGCCCACGAGGCCCCUUGAGCAGCUCUUCUGCUCUCUUUGCUGAUGGCUCUAACCAUGGGCUGGAGGACUUGUCUUCUGGAAGUUCUGGUGAGGACGAUGACCUUAAGAGGUUUCCUCAAAGUAAACACGGACGCAGUAGCUUGACUUUUCUCGUCGACUGCCCUGGGAGGAGAGCAGAUUGUACCAGUGAAUCUGUGUGCAGCACCGACAGCCUGGAUGAAUUGAAAUCAUCUGGUUCAGAAGUGACAUCUCCAGACACAGGAGACCUGUCAUCUGGUGACAGUGCCUCUGUUCCUUCCUCUUCUGCUGACACUCGCCAGACAGUCCCUCCCCUCACGGUCAGGCUGCACACGCAGAGCGUCUCACAGUGUGUGACUGAAGAUGGCAGGACGGUGGCUGUAGGGGACAUUGUGUGGGGUAAGAUUCAUGGUUUUCCUUGGUGGCCAGCGCGUGUCCUUGACAUCAGUCUUGGCCAGAAGGAGAAUGGAGAGCCCUCUUGGCAAGAAGCGAAAGUCUCAUGGUUUGGGUCUCCAACUACAUCAUUCUUGUCUAUUUCAAAACUGUCCCCUUUCUCUGAAUUUUUCAAACUGAGAUUUAACCGUAAGAAGAAGGGGAUGUAUCGGAAAGCUAUAACUGAGGCUGCCAAUGCCACACAACAUGUGGCCCCAGAAAUAAGGGAGCUCUUGACCCAGUUUGAAAUGUAACUUUGGUUCCGGGAGCAGGUCACCGACAGUGAGGUUGGAGCUGCUGUCCUGGAACUUCCAUUCAAGGGCCCGUGUGCCUCUGGCUGGCUGUGUGCAGAAACCUGCUGGGCACAGCGGUUGGCCUGACUCCGGGUCCCCAGAGGAGCAGGUGUGCAUGGGGAAGAGCCCAGCUCAGGGCACCUGGCUCCUCUCGGCUGAAUGUAUCUGUUCUUAUGACUCAGGCUUCAGCAUUCCUCACUGGGAAGUGUCCUGGAGCUUGGUGACAUGUUUGCUGCUUUGUGUGUUAGCAGCUGCAAGGCUUAGGCGUCCUCAAACAGAAGCAGGGCCUUCUGCCCAGCCUGUGAGACUUCUGAGUGGGUGCUGGGCGUAGCUACAGGGCACCCUCCUGGGCCUGGCCUCGGCUAUUCAGCUAGAGCCAUUCUGCAGGCUUGAGGAAACCAAAUUGCAUUGCACGUACGGGGGUUCUCCUCCUCCACCCCUUGGGUGUCGGGGCUCUGUGCACUUGAGCCAGGAGCCAGCCUAGUUGCAUCUCCUCCACAUUCCACUCAAAGCAUGGAUCCCUGGGCUCGCAGCCCUGGCCUGCAAGGCUGCCUCAAUCUGAGAUGCUGCUAUGUCAUCUACUGUGAGAGGGGGAAGGGAGGGCAGAACUGAAAAUAGGCCUCAGGUUAGGACAUACUAGCUCUGCCCUGUGAGGCCGCAUUCCUUUCCCCUCUGUCACUUCCAAGACCAAAAAGAAAACAGAAAGAAAAGAAAACUGUCUCUGCCCCUUUGU